AUGGAACUUCGUCUUCUUCUCAAAGCCCUUGGAUUCAUCCUCUUGAUUAUCAUAGGAAUUCCUGGAAAUAUUUUCAUCUUGUUGAAAUUUGCCUACAUCAAAAUGGUAGAAAAGAAACUCUUACCAGCCAAUGUUAUGCUUAUGGUCCUUGCGUUAUCAAAUCUCUUUGUGGUUUUCUCUCGUGUCAUACCACAGGCUCUAAAUGCCAUAGGAGUUGAGAAUUUACUAGGUGACACAGAGUGUAAACUUGUCCUCUUCACUUUCAGAGUGAGCAGGGCCAUGUCUAUAUGUGUCACCAGUUUUCUUAGCUGUCACCAGUGUGUCCUUAUUGCCCCGGUCACUAGAUAUUGGAUAUACCUAAAAGAAAAAAUUACUAAACAAAUAUCUGUUAUUGUGAUACUACUGUUUGGGAUGAAUAUUUCUCUGUAUCCUUCAACCAUUUUGUAUGGACAGGCCAGAAAACCUAAUGCAACCUCAGAAUAUACACUGCGCUUGGUUUACUGUGAUGCAGACUUUGUGACUUAUAUCUCUUUCCUCUUUAAUGGACUGGUAUCAGUAAUUCGGGAAAUAAUAUUUGUGGGUUUGAUGGCAAUAUCUAGCAGUUAUAUGGUUUCUAUCUUAUACCGUCAUGGAAGAACCAUGAAAAGCAUGCGAAGUUCAGACAGGAUGCAAAGUAAGACAGUAGAGUUCAAGGCUUCUAGAGCGGUUAUUUUGCUUGUUGCUCUUUAUGUUGUCUUAUAUGGAAUGGAUAACUCUAUGUGGAUCUAUACUCUGACACUGUCCAAUGUGAGUACGGAAAUGAAUGAUACCCGCAUAUUUCUCGCGGCCUCUUAUUCUGCUCUGAGUCCUAUUGUGAUCAUUGCAACUAAUCCAAAACUGCACAAAAGGUUAGAGAAUUCAUGGAAGAAGAAACUUGUCGAAAUACAGAAACAAGGCGUACAAAAUAUUAGAUUUGUAAGCUCUAUAAAUUAA